CGUGUGGCAGCGAACCAGCAAAAUCUCCCGCGAAAUCAGCCCAUUUCUUGUCUCCUCGUCAGGUCUGGCGUCGCCUGCCUCCGCCUGCUGUCGAUAAUCGUGUCAUGCCAUUUUUUCUGCUCCAGGCAAUUGUGACCCCAUCUCACUUGCCCUUGUUGCCCUCGACCCUGCGCCGGUCCUUCCCAUCCAUUCUCUGUCUCUCUUUUUGAUCCAUGUAGGUCAGGGCAUCGUAGCACCCCGGUCGUCGCUUGCCAUCAACACCCGAAAUCCGGUACCUGCCCGUCCGUGGGUGCUGUAUUUCCUAUAUCUGACCUUGAGGCUCGGAAUAGCUUCAUACUUAGCCCCUCUCUUAUCCUCUCUUCACCUCGGUGUCCCUCUUCGUGCUCCGUCGUCCAUCGUCUGUAUCUUCGUUUCUGCCAUCACUGCGGCCGUCUCGUCCACCUUGUUCGCCAUUCUCAUCGUAGUCUGCAUAUCUGCACAAACCCUUGUCGUCUCAGUUGUAGCUUGUCAGUCAGAUUCAGCCUGUCCAAUAGUUACUCGGCCAUUCUGCCCCGCGACCUCGAAAACCCCAUACACUUACCGAUCGAUCUGUUCUAUCAUACAUAUCCAAUUAAUACUACUACGCGACCUACUCGAAAUCUCCAAAACAUCUUACGACAUAUCCAAUUUUGCGACUUCGAUCUUGACGACCUCUUCUCAUCCGGCGAUAUCGGGGAGUUCACAUAACACCCCGGGUGUGAUACGCACGGCACUCGAUAACUGAGUGGACGGACUUCCUCAGAGAAUAUCACCUUACCGAAUAUCUUUUGCUUCCCACACACCUCGUCGUUUGUCGCCAGCCUGAUCGUUUGCGGCAUCUUCUACCUUGACUCAGAAGCUUCCGCCGCCUUUACCUCUCGCAACUACUGCCGGACGACACUCUGUCAACAAUUUGAACCGACAGAGGUCGUCCAUGAUCUUGUGAUCUCCCAAAGACUUCCACUGUAACAUGGUGCCUAGCAUUGUCCAAUCUGACGACAUGGAUCAAAUGGAAAUCCCCUUUCCAGCACAUCGUGAGCGCCAGGAAGGCUCUCCUCCUCCCUUUCAAGAUCCUCUGGCUCUUCUUCGCAGUCUUCCUGAGCCUCCGCUGGAAUGUCAAGUAUGUGUUGUUGGCGCAGGACCUGCCGGUCUAAUGUUGGCCGCAAACCUGACCAGAUUUGGCAUCAACGUUGAGGUAAUCGAUGAUCGAGCCGAUCAGACGCCCGUGGGAAGGUAAGCUUAUCACCACGAUUCAAUUGUACCACUGAAACAACCCAAUUGACCUCGAAAAUAGAGCCGAUGGCCUUCAGCCAAAGACGAUCGAAACCUUCCGACAAAUGCGACUAUCAGAUACUUUACUAAAACAAGGUGUUCGUGUCUUCGAUAUCGCAUUCUGGCGUAGCACCGCGGACGAACCUCUUCGUCGACUUGGUCGCGAAGUCCAUUAUCCCCCUAUUAUCGAUGUUCUCGACCCCUAUAUUCUUCUAGUCCAUCAAGGUAUGGUCGAAGGGCUGUUUCUUGAGGAUAUGAAAAAGCGUGGCAAGGAGGUCCGUCGAAACAUGGCUUUUGAGUCGUACAGCGUCCCCGACAACAAGACUGGUCCCCUCCAAGUCAACUGCCGUGCCAAUGUCAAUCAAGACAAGCGUUCGGUUCUGACUCAAUACCUGAUUGGAUGUGACGGUGCACACUCCAAAGUUCGCAAGAGUAUCCCCGAUGUCAAGGCUGUCGGCAUGUCUCAGGCUGCCAUUUGGGGCGUUCUCGAUGGCGAACUGAUUACCGACUUCCCCGAUAUUUGGUCCAAGACGCUCGUCUACUCACAAGAGCACGGUUCCAUUCUCAUCAUUCCUCGAGAGAGGAAUAUGACUCGUUUCUAUAUUGAGCUGAAGGCUGGUGCCAAAUUUGAUCGCCGCGAUCUGGGUCAGGAGUUCAUGAUGAAGCGCGCGAAGAAGAUUAUGGCGCCGUUCCGCUUGGACUGGAAGUACGUUGAGUGGUUCGGCCGGUAUCAGGUUGGUCAGAGGGUUGCUAGUCGCUUCACUGAUGGCCACCUGAGGGCGUUCCUGGCUGGUGAUGCCAGCCACACCCACUCUCCCAAGUCAGCACAGGGUAUGAACACCUCAAUGCACGACUCGUGGAAUUUGUCGUGGAAGUUGAACCUUGCGGUUCGAGGCUUGGCCAAGCCAAAUCUUCUCGAGAGUUACGAGGAAGAGCGACGCAAGAUUGCCCUGGACUUGGUUAACUUUGACUAUGAGCAUGCGAACCAAAUUGCUGGUGGCGACGCCAUUGCACUCGCUGAGAACUUCAGGACCAACGUCCGUUUCAUUUCCGGAAUUGGUGCUGAAUAUGGUGAGAAUGCCAUCAACAGACCAGGAAUUGGAAACAACCAUUUUGUAAUGGGAGACGCCAAGCCAGGUUGCCUUCUGCCUCCCGCCAAGGUGACUCGAUAUAUCGACUCCAACCCUGUGGAUAUCCAGCUUGACAUUCCUAUGCUCGGCCAGUUCCGAAUCUACCUUCUUAUGUGGGAUGUUCAACAAUCAGCACCGUUUCUGCAGACUUUCUGCCAUGCUAUUGCAGGUACAGACUCCUUUAUUAGCCGUCUAUCUGCUGCAGCUAGCGCUUCUUAUGCUUCUCAACCCCGAGCACCAGCUCCUGAGGAUGUUUAUUCCCGACCUGAGCGAUACACCGUUGUCAGCCACCUCUUCACUUUUGGUCUUAUCAGUAAGUUCCUUCGCAUCUUGUACUUGGAGAUCGCUUGCUAACAAGUCAAUCAGCCACCAUGCCCAAGACGGAAAUUGAAAUCUCAGAUCUCCCACCUCUUCUGCAAGACAGCCGUUGGACCUUCUACCUCGACGACAUUCCCGAUCAGGACACCCGUGGCUCCCUGUGCACUAACAAAUGGCUCGGCAGCCUGGGACCUGGCGAGGUAGCCAUCGUCAAUGUUCGUCCCGAUGGUUAUGUCGGCUCGAUAGGUCGCUGGGACUCAAGCCUCGAUGAGUCUGGUGUUCAGGCAGCUCGAUGGCUCGAUGAAUAUUAUGACGGAUUCAUGAAAAUUCCAACGCAGUAAGCUCGGAGGGGAUCAUGAGUUAAUAUAGAGGACCAGCCAAAGCCCACGCAACCCUUAGACUCGCCCGUACUCUAUCUGAAAUUCUUCGAGAGCCAUCUAAGGGACAAGAGAUCCCCAUACACAUUGGCAUUUUCGAAUUCUUAUAUCCAGGAGUACGGAGUUGUUGACAAUAUUUUAUCAUCCUUGAUGCAAACUCCUACAGUGCCCAGCUUGGACCUGCAUCAUCAUUGAAGAGAACUAAGCAGGAUGGGCCAAUGUCGCCCGAUCAACCACCACUCACAGAAGGAGGAGGGACCAGGAAGGCAUAUUUAGAGACGGACGUUAUUAUGGGCAAUAGAAGAGGGCCACCAACACAGUAAGAUCGAUCGCCAGAUGGGCGUAAUCUUGCUCAUAUCACGACACGCUUGGUAGUUAGUCACUACUCAUAUCAUGGAAUCUAUUUUAUUUAUCAACCUGCAUCAUUGUUCAUUAUCAUUAUUCAUUAUUAUUAUGAUGUUUUACCGCCAUACAUACGAUCCCACAUGUUCUCUUUCUUAUCAGCUCUGAAUACAUGAAGAUAAUGUAAGCCAGAGUCUGUGCUCAGAUGUCUCUAUCCAGAGCUGCUUUCUAAAGUCCCUAAAUCACACUGGUUCAUCUGGGGUCCUCUCUUACCAGCCGUUUUUCUUCACCACGCAUCUCUCUAGUCAUCUAUUAGUCGUUCUUCCAAUCCUGCGCCUCUUCAUAGGGGCUGGGUGGGAUGACUGUUCUACAUCUGGCACUCAAAAAUAUUUUGAGAGUGCCAAGAACAUAUAUCUCACGUGUGGCAUAGUCAAAACGACGAAAAGAGAUUGCAAAAUGAGUAAGACACAUAUAGCGAAAUAGAAUGAAGUUUCCGAUGUUUUUGAAAUUUCAUGACACUCGGCUGAGCCCAACAGCCUGACUAUUGCCCUUAUUAUGCUAGCAGAUAUGCAUUCUACAUCAAUAUCCCGUUUUCCGUCUCCCGUUCUUGCUUGCUCGCUUUUCCUUUUAAAACAAAUCCACCAUCUGAGUUGUUGCCUGAUUAUUGUUGGGUAGGCAUGGAAACAUCAGCCUUUUUAGCAACGGCAUCAGCACUCUGCCAUAGAGCUGUGACAGUCUUGAGCUGAGUGUAGAAGUUGAUGCCAGGCUUUCCGUAGAAUGUGCUGGCACCGCCACCAGCAAUAGACUUCUUGUUACCAGUGAAAGAGAACAUGGGCAGAGGGACAGGGAUAGGGACAUUGAUGCCCACCUGACCAGCCUCAAUGUUCUUGCGGAAGGUCUCGGCAGUAGCACCAGACCUGGUGAAGAUAGCAGUACCAUUACCAUACUCGUUCUUGUUAACAAGGUCGAUAGCGUCAUCAAUGGACUCUGCGUUGAGGCAGACAAGGACCGGGCCGAAGACCUCCUCCUUGUAACAGGUCAUGUCAGGUGUGACAUUGGUGAUGAUGGUAGGGCCAACCCAGUUACCGUUAGGGUACUUACUGGGCUUGUAGCCACGGCCAUCGAGAAGAAUAGUAGCGCCCUCCUUCUCGGCAGACUCAAUGAGCUUCUCGAUACGCUCCUUGCUCUGCGGGGAGAUCACGGGACCGAGAUCGGCGCCCUCCUCGAAGCCACCAUUGACGUUGAGAUGCUUGGCUUGCUCGGCGACCUCGUUGAGCCACUCCUUGGUCUCGCCAACCAUAACAAGAGUGCUCAAAGCCAUGCAGCGCUGACCGGCAGCACCGAAAGCGGCACCGGUAAUGGAGUUGAUGAACUGGUUCUUGUUGGCAUCAGGAGAGACGACAGCGUGGUUCUUGGCGCCCAGGUUGGCCUGAACACGCUUGCCAUUGGCGGAACCACGGCUGAAGAUGUAUUCGCCGGCCUUGUUACCACCAACGAAGCUGAUUGCUUUGAUAGCGGGCUCAUCGAGGAUGAAGUCGACGGUGCGGUGGGCACCGUGAAUGAUGUUGACAACACCCUCGGGGAAGCCAGCCUUCUGGACAAGCUCGGCAAUGAUCAUGGCAGCACCGGGGUCACGCUCAGAAGGCUUGAGUAUGAGGGUGUUUCCAGUGAUGGUGGCAAUAGGGAUGCACCAAAGGGGAAUCAUGGCAGGGAAGUCUACACAUUAAUUAGCUAAGGGAUGUUGCUAGGGAGUCGCCGAUUACUCACUGAAGGGGCAGAUAGCAGCGGUGACACCCAGGGGCUCACGGUAGGUUCGGGUCUCCAUGUCCUUGGAGACUUCAAGGACCUCACCCUUGAGAAGCUCUGGGGCGGCAAUAGCAGCCUCAGCGACCUGAAGACCACGAAGGACAUCACCCUUGGCAUCAGCAAAGGUCUUGCCUUGCUCGAGAGUAAUGCUGGCAGCGAGGCGGUCCCAAUUCUCACGAAUAAGCUGGACAAAUCGGAACAUGAUCUGCUGUCGAGAGAUGACAGUAGUGUUCUUCCAUGACUUGAAGGCCUUCUCGGCGCUUGCAACGGCAGCCUUCAUCUCAGCGUCGGUCAUCUGAGGGACGCGAGUAACGAGCUCGUUGGUAGCGGGAUCGUGCAAGUCGAUGUACUUAUCGGUCGAAGACGAAACAAACUUGUUGUCAAUGAAGUAGGGAGUAUCGACCGCCUCGACCUUUGCGUGAGUGGUAGGAUAACUGCUGGCGGUUGAGGCCAGGGCAGCCGUCACAGGCUGAAGCUGCUUGCUUGUCGCAUGAAUGCGCCUGGCAGCGACAUGGGACGAGCCGCUUGUGAUGUUAGAUGAGGCGAGGAGAGAGGAUCGAGAAAGGGCGGGAGUAGAUCGGCUGGAAGCACCCAGGCCGCGAGAGAUUGCGCGACGCAUGAUGGUGAUAAUGAAGAUGACAGUAUGAGGCUCAAAUACGUUGUGUGUAAGUGAGAGGGGAAAGAGCUAAGAGAGGGAGAGCAAUUGACCUCGAUAACUUCCAAUGAAGCAACAAACAGGACAGAAUUCAGGAGGUCAUGGGUUCUCUAGACUUUUAUACUGAGAUACUGUCCCGGCUAUGUCAACGGUGCGGAGG